UUUUUUUGGCUCGCUUCUUCAUUUCCCUCUCAACUUUUCCUUUUUAUCUAGAAAAGAAAAAAGAGAAUCUUCUUCUUCGUUUUCAAGAAAAAUGUGUCUCUGCUUUUAUUUACUUCUUGUGUUUGUUUCAAAUUUCGAAACUUGAGUCUACAAAUUCUGUAGUUUCAAGAAUAAGGGAGGAUGAUGAAAAGAUCUUCAUUUAGUCGCAAGAUGAGGCAGAGUCUCUCUGAUAUCACUAACUCUCAGUCUCAAGAAGAGUUUAAUCUUUACGGGGUCGGUUCGGAGCCGAGUGAACACGUAAACCGGCUAAUGAAGGAGAAAGUAGCAUUGGUUAAGCUUCUUGAGGACAGAGAUAAAACUAUUGAGUUAAGUAGAUACGAACUGCGGAAUCUACGCGAAGGCAUAUACAAAUUGCAAGUACAGAAUUGGAGCCUUGCUCAAUCCAAUUCCCAAUUCUUAGGCGAGAUCAAUUUAGCUAGAAACAAGGUGAAAGCUUUGCACCAUGAGGUUACUUGCAAAAAUGCUUUGCUUAAGUCUAAAUGUUUUGAACAAGAGAAAGGUGAAAAGACAAAACCAAGAAAUGCCCUAACAACUGAGAAUGUGCUAAAGAUAAAGGACGAAGACUCACCGUCACCGAAACCUUAUGUACCAACCAGAAGGCGAUUCAUCAGAAGCAAAUCCUUAGGAGCAUCUACUGCAAACAAGAAUGAGGCAGAAAAAGAGAAAUCUGAAACCAAAAGGAGGCACUUAAGAAGGAGAUCAGCGAGAGUGAGAUCAGCAGAUCAAGAAAUUACAGAGAAUCUGUUUGAGAUCGAAGAUCUUCAGCUUACAAUGCCUAAUAACAUAUGUCAACAAGAUAACUCGACAAUGGUAUCACAUAUCCGAAAGAAGAAAGCGGAAAAGGAAGAUUUACGAACAAGACAUCUGGACUGUAAGGUCUAUCGAUCACCAGUCGAUCAAUCAUUGCGUAGAGAAGCUGAGAGGAUACAUUCUUACAAGGAAGUUUUCUCUCAGUACUAAGAUGGGAUGGUCCUAAUACAUUAGCAAAACGUUUGUAACUGUGAUGGUUUUGUUUUGAGAUUCUAUCAAUCUCUAGACAUGUGUACUUAUUAGGUACGAGAUCACUAACAUAUUUAUCUAUAUAUUGUUUGGGAAUGUGA